GUGCACGUCAACCUCUGAACCAGGUUAUUAUCCGAGGUAAUUAAAGGCGACUCCAGUGUGCAUAGGAUCCUUAUUGUGUGAGCGAUCAUCUCAGGAUGUUCAGGAUCUUGCUACUCCUGUUUGCCGUGGCUGGUCUCCAUGCAAGACCACUGCACCGAUUCCCAAAUGGUAAAUUAAAACAAAUUGGGCCACAAAUGGUCCAAGAUGAACACAGGGACAGCUCAGUUCUGAAGCACGUGAACAAUGAUGUAAAACCCCCAGUUCCAGCUGAGUUCUGCAGACAGGGAACAGAACCUUCCAGACGCUUCCUGAUGGACCUGAACACUGGGAUGCUCAAGCGUGGAGCUGGUGAAACCAACAGAAAAGCUUCAGGAUUGGAUGAGUUCAAACAAGGCACUGAGAAGCAGCUGCACACCCAGCAAGAGCUCAGAAUGCGUCCCAUGAUGAGAUCGCAGUACAGCGCUCAGAGCGAAAAACACGAGCAGAGAGCAAUCCCUGCCGAGGUGUACAGAAAAGGCACCGAACCUUCCAGAAAUGUCCUGGUGGACCUGAACACCGGUCUGCUCAAGGAACACAUGAACAAGUUGGACAGGAGAGUUGUGGGCUCAGCUAAAUUGGAAGUUGUUUCUGAGCAUGAGGACAUAAGAAGCCAAGACUCUUCUGAACUUAAGGAGAACCACAAAGCAGUUCCCGUUGAGAGCCGUAGACAGGGAACAGAACCUUCCAGACGCAUCCUGAUUGACCCGAGCACUGGGAUGCCCAAGGAGGAACUCACUGAAAUGAACAGAAGAGUUUCUGGCUUCUACAAUCCAUCGCCUAUUGGGAAGAGGCAAGGAACAGAACCUUCCAGACGCUUCCUGAUGGACAUGGACAGUGGGAUGCUCAAGCAUGUAGUUGGCGAAAUGAACAGAAGAGUUUCUGGCUUCUACAAUCCUCCACCUUAUGAGAUGAGGAAGGGAACCCAGAAUUCUCGCACCACUCUGGUGGAUCCCAGAACUGGACAACUGCUGGCUUCUCUAACAGAGCUGCAGAGGAGCACAUCACCAUUGGAUGAGUUCAGACAAGGCACUGAGUACCAGCCAUACGUCCUACAGGAGCUCAGAGUGUGUACGCUGCAGAAACAAUGCAGUGAACCUUCCAGAAACCUCCUGAUGGACAUGAACGCUGGUCUACUCAAAACACACAGGAAUGGGAUGGACAGGAGAGUAGGGGGCUCAGCUAAAUGGGAAGUGGUUUCUGAGCAUGAGGACAUAAGAAGUCAAGACUCUUCUGAGAACCACAAAGCAGUUCCCGUUGAGAGCCGUAGACAGGGAACAGAACCUUCCAGACGCAUCCUGAUUGACCCGAGCACUGGGAUGCCCAAGGAGGAACUCACUGAAAUGAACAGAAGAGUUUCUGGCUUCUACAAUCCAGCACCUAUUGGGAAGAGGCAAGGAACAGAACCUUCCAGACGCUUCCUGAUGGACAUGGACAGUGGGAUGCUCAAGCAUGUAGUUGGCGAAAUGAACAGAAGAGUUUCCGGCUUCUACAAUCCUCCACCUUAUGAGAUGAGGAAGGGAACCCAGAAUUCUCACGCCACUCUGGUGGAUCCCAGAACUGGACAACUGCUGGCUUCUCUAAAAGAGCUGCAGAGAAGCACAUCACCAUUGGAUGAGUUCAGACAAGGCACCGAGUACCACCCAUACAUCCUACAGGAGCUCAGAGUGUGUACGCUGCAGAAACAAUGCAGUGAACCUUCCAGAAACCUCCUGAUGGACAUGAACGCUGGUCUACUCAAAACACACAGGAAUGGGAUGGACAGGAGAGUAGGGGGCUCAGCUAAAUGGGAAGUGGUUUCUGAGCAUGAGGACAUAAGAAGUCAAGACUCUUCUGAGAACCACAAAGCAGUUCCCGUUGAGAGCCGUAGACAGGGAACAGAACCUUCCAGACGCAUCCUGAUUGACCCGAGCACUGGGAUGCCCAAGGAGGAACUCACUGAAAUGAACAGAAGAGUUUCUGGCUUCUACAAUCCAGCACCUAUUGGGAAGAGGCAAGGAACAGAACCUUCCAGACGCUUCCUGAUGGACAUGGACAGUGGGAUGCUCAAGCAUGUAGUUGGCGAAAUGAACAGAAGAGUUUCUGGCUUCUACAAUCCUCCACCCUAUGAGAUGAGGAAGGGAACCCAGAAUUCUCGCACCACUCUGGUGGAUCCUAGAACUGGACAACUGCUGGCUUCUCUAAAAGAGCUGCAGAGAAGCACAUCACCAUUGGAUGAGUUCAGACAAGGCACUGAGUACCACCCAUACAUCCUACAGGAGCUCAGAGUGUGUAUGCUGCAGAAACAAUGCAAUGAACCUUCCAGAAACCUCAUGAUGGACAUGAACGCUGGUCUACUCAAAGAACACAAGAAUGAGAUGGACUCUUCUGAACAUAAGGAGAACCACAAAGCAGUCCCUGUUGAGAUCCGUAGGCAAGGAACAGAACCUUCCAGACGCUUCCUGAUGGACAUGGACAGUGGGAUGCUCAAGCAUGAAGUUGGCGAAAUGAACAGAAGAGUUUCCGGCUUCUACAAUCCUCCACCUUAUGAGAUGAGGAAGGGAACCCAGAAUUCUCACGCCACUCUGGUGGAUCCCAGAACUGGACUAGUGCUGCCAUCUCUAAAAGAGCUGCAGAGAAGCACAGCGCCAUUGGAUGAGUUCAGACAAGGCACUGAGUACCAGCCGUACACCCUGCUGAAACUCAAGAUGAUGCAUCACAUUGUUAAACCCAAGUACAGAGCUUAGGACGUGAUUAGAAUUGAUGAGGCCUGGUGGACAACGUUUGGCUGUGUUCGUAUCCUAUGUCUGCAUGAAGACCAUCUCAGUACAUCCAGUUGACUUUUUCUGUAGUUUUCAGAGGUUUCAUGCAAUAAACCUUUCAAUGCCAUAUUUGGCAUGAUCUCAAAUGUUAUAUCUGCAAAAUAAAGCAUUAACA